UGCCAGUCCGCCUUAUACCCACUGUCAUUUUUAGUAAUUCCUUGAAAAGAUAAGUUGGCAUUCCGAUAGCUGUCUUUUAUUUGUGAGCUCCGAAAUCCACGACUACCAUGGCCGACAAAGCUGCUGCUGAGAAACCCGUUGGGCGCCCCAUGCGCUAUCCAUACACCUUCUCGGCGAAGAUAGCCCAGUUCCCCAUCAAGCACUACAUUAAGAAUCAGUGGAUUUGGCGAUACUACUUCAUCGCGGCUGUCGCCUGCGUGCCCGUUUUCUACAAGAUCAGCAAAUUGGCCAACUCGCCCGAAAACAAGAAGGCAUGGGCUGAGUCCCAGGCCAAGGAGCAUGCCGAACACCACUAAAGGGCCAGUAAAUUAGUCAUAAUUGUUGCUUCAACAUUUCAGAGCUGUUUGUGUUGGAUUUAACGUGAAAUCGGCGAAUAAAUGAUUUGAAACAAG